AUGGGCUUCUUUGACAAAUUACAGAAACCUGGGCACACCGCCUUGAAGCAACAGAAAGGCGUGAGCCAUACGGAAACCAGGAAAGAUCUGAACGUCACCAGGAAUCCAUAUCUGAAUCAGAUCCAGAAAAAGCAGAUCAAGACAAUAAGCAGACUGACCCCUGAACGGCAUUCUCGACACUCCACGCCCGAUCACAGCGCGAAGCGGAAAAGUUCCAAGCCGAAGACAUUGACUCCCGAGACAGGCUCGAAUUCUCGCAAGAGGGCUUCCUCAACGCCUCAACGACAGGACUGGGGCAGCGAUGAUGAGGGUUCUGAUUCAGACCUCAAUGAAGUAGCUAAGCGUGUGAGGCGAAGCACCACCAUCGAGCCCGAUCCGAAACGUCGUAUUCAGAGCAGGAAAGCGUUCUCGGACGAAGAUGGUGGCAGGUUCGAUAUGGUACAUGCUGCGAACAUUGCGAGUCUAGUAGAUCCAAAGAAAUACCGAAUAGCAUUUCCAGACUUCCUGGACGCAAAGCAAAUACAACUACAGUACCCUUCUGCUUCACAACAAGAAAAGUACGAGCUUGUUGUAGCGAAUUCCGACGAUGACUUCAAGGCACUAGAGGAUAUUCGAGAAGUCAUAGAGGUCAUCAUCGCCAAGUACUUGCCCGGUCAUGUCCAAGACAAUUUGAACGACGAAAGCACAGGCUUAGUGCGAAGAAUCAAGCGAGCAUCUCAGCGUUUGGCCGGCAACGAAUACAUAGCCCUCAUCAAUGAAUGGAACGAGACCCUCAACACAUAUCGAGAGGAUGGUACGAUAGAAAAGAAUAUAAGCGAAUGGAAGACUGUCGACCUUAGUCUCUGCGAAUUUAUUUUGACACAGGCGUAUGCGCGUACAGUAUCGCUGAAGGUCGACGGGUUGAGAAAAUACAAGGCAGGGGAGAACAAUGUAUACGGCGAGUUGCUGCCCAAAUUUGUCUCAAAAAUUCUCAGAGAGGACACAAAAAUGAAAGCGGAUCAAGUGUUCAUUGAUUUCGGCUCCGGCGUUGGUAACGUAGUCCUUCAAGCCGCACUCGAGGUUGGCUGUGCAAGCUGGGGCUGUGAGAUAACCGAGCACAGCUGUGAACUGGCUGAUCUCCAAAAGAAGGAAUUUGAGGCACGAUGCCGGCUUUGGGGACUCUCUGCUGGAGAAAUCCAUCUAGAAAGGGGCGAUUUCCUGGCCAACGAAAUUUUGCGGGAAGUUCUGCCCAAAGCAGACGUCGUCCUAGUCAACAAUCAGGCGUUCCAGCCUGAACAAAAUGACAAGUUGAUUCACCUCUUCCUUGACCUCAAGGAUGGAGCUACUAUUGUGUCGUUGAAAUCCUUCGCUCCCGUCGGGCAGAAGAAUAAGUCCUGGAACUCAGGCGCGAUCUACAACAUCUUUGAUGUUGUAGAAAAGCGCUACUAUGAUCAUUCCGUCAGCUGGACCAAUGCCUCAGGUACUUACUAUGUCGCUAAGAAGGACAGCAAGAGGAUGCGGGCACUAGAAUGA